CCCCUCGCUCUCAAUUCAAACAUUCCGAUCCCGUCUUAGGGUUUCUCUCGCCGCCUCCCACCAUGAGCUCCUUGACGGUUCUCGAAGAUGACAAUCACGCUCCUCAUCAAGAGGUUGCUAUUCGUAAAGGAAGAGGGAAGGCGAACGUUGUGAUGAACAGUGCACAGAGGAGAAAACUUGCGGAUAUAAGCAAUUUGAACAGAGAAGAGACGCAUCAGCAACAGAAUCUUCUCUUAUCUUCCAAGGAAUACGCUGAGAAGCUCCAAAAGGAGAAUAUGACUUUGAUGAAGGCUCUAGCACACAGAAAUAAGAUCAUAGAGCUGAGCGGUGUUGAGUUUCAGAAACUGAAGAUCAACUUAAGGAAAGUGCAGGAGAAUAAUUUGCAGCUUGUACAGGCAAACACUCAGAUGUUGGCGGAACUCAAUACAAACAAAGACAGACUGAAGCUACUUCAGCAUGAACUUGGCUGCAAGAAUGUAUCACUCGGGGUGAAGAAAGUGCAGCUUGAGGAGCAAGAACCUUUAUGUACACAUCACCCAUCGAAAGAUAAGGGGAUUGACAUGAAUGAUAAAGACACCAAGAGAAAGCGAACGUCAAGGAUAAAAGCCUCCGAAAUCUCUAUCGUAAAGCCAAUACAGUUCAAAGAGAAGGCAAACAGUAAAAGGAAAGUUUCUGGAGUCAUUGAUACUACUGUUAUUCCCGAAGUGACUUGUCAGACUGGAGAUGACACUGAAAAGGGGGUUGACUCUCAAGGAGCAAACCAAAUUGUUGACAAUAUUGCCAACCAGAAGUUUGUUAAUGAUGCAGCUAACUCGGUAAAAGCCAGUGUGCAUAGCAAGAGGCAAUGCGGACGAAGGAAAUCUACCAGGUUUGCUGUUCAAGAAACUGAACAUACGGAAACAUUGAUUGAGAUUGAUGAUGCCAAAGAAAUUAAGCUAAUCCCAAGGCUCUCUUUGAAAAGACGGUCUGCUCGGUUAAGGCCCGAAGAAGCUGAAACAGGUAAAAGCUUCCAUGAGAGAGACUUAGUCAGGGAGACGACCAAGAGGAGAAGAGUCUCUUCAAGACAAGUGUCUGCAAUGUUUGAUUUCCAAGAACCGGAAGUGACGGAAACCUUGAAUGCUGAUGAUGCAGGAAGCUUAGUAAGCGAAGGAUCAAGAUCUGAAGCUGUAGAACCAUCUGAAAGCAGACAUGACACAAAAAAUACAAACGGGAAACGCAGAGUCUCGAAGAGAAUGCAAUCAACAAAGGGUAAAUCUCAGACAGCUUCAGACACCAAUGGAGCCAUCAAAGAUAUAGUGACAGAGUGUGAUCUGUUACCAUCAACGGUGUCUCAGGGGGACCAUGAAAGAGAAUCAAAGAACAAGCCUAGAGCUGAAGAAUCCGAAGGAGUAAUGAGAAGAACAUCUGUGGGAAGAAGACCAUCGAGACAUGCAGCAGAGAAAGUUCAAUCAUACAGAGAAGUCUCACUCAAAGUGAAAAUGCGGAGGAACUUCUGAAUCUCCCAGCAUUCUCUUGGCCUCUUGUGUUCUUAGUAUGCAAAGUUGUUGUUAAGAAACUUACUUCAUGCUUAUACCAAGGCAAAUGUUAGAUAUAAAUUUUGAGGGCAUGAUUUCUAUAAAAAACGUCUGGUAGUUGAAUGGCUUGCACAGAUUUAUUCACCUACCUACAGGUCAAAGGUUUAAGUCUAAGAGGGGAA